UUAAAUGCCUUCAUGAUGAGACAACCGCCUUUCCAUGUAAUUUGAAUGUAGCUAGUGCUGGUGGUAACGUUACAACACCAUUACAACAGCAUUAUUUGUCCGUUGUUUCUAAAUGCUUAAAAAGGUAGCUAGUGACCAAAUAUACUAGCUAAGUGUGUGAAAGAAUAGCUAGACCGUAGCUUCUAGUCGUCUAGCCAAAGCAAAUUUGCAGACUUCUUGGGAUUUUCCUUCGCUGUGGUUAGUCACCUUGACGAUUUACUUUAGCUAGCUAGCUAACAUUAGCUAUUACAUUUGCAGUCAGAGAAACAUCAUGGCUAAACAGAAGAAAGGACAGAAGAGUUCAAUUGAUGAUAUGUUAGGAGACCUGUUGGGAGAUGAUGAUUUCCCAGUGAAGGCCAAAGCUCUGGCCCGUGAAGCAGGCAGACUAGGACCUUCUCUACCAUCACACAGUGGAAAACGCUCACUAUUGGGUGACGACGACUUCUUCAGCAAACUGGCUGAGGAAGCUGAAAAUGAUGAGGGCUCUGAUGUUUCUGAGGCUGAUCCCACAGCCUUACUGGAGAGCAUGAAGGACAUAGAUGAUAUGGACGCUGAUCUCUUUGGAUCAAAGAAAAAGCCCAGUUCAGCCCCAGCUCAGAGUAAAGGCUCCGGCAUUGGAGGACCUACGAAAAAUCCUCCUAAAUCAGGAAACAAGUUAAAAGGAGGAAUCUCAGAUGAGCCAGACAUUGAGGAGAAGAAGCCAAGUUCUGCUCCUGCAUCGACAGCACGUGGCUACAAGAGGUUCAGCUUCACUAAUGAUGAUGAUGAUGUUCUUGCCCCAACAACUGACACAAAAGACUUUGAUGACCCUUUGGCUGACCUGUUAGAUGAUCUACCCAUAGAAGACAAAAAUGAGCCAAAAAUCACCAAAAAAGCUCCUCCAGAGAAAUCAGUGCUGCCCCCAGACUCCCCUAUCAUAAAGAAAAAAGAAACAGCCUCACCAGCUCCAGUUCCAAAAAAGCGGGACGAGCUUACGUUUGAUGAUGACGAGGAUGACCUAAUGAAUGCAUUGGGGUUUGGGGAGAGUCCCAAAGAGAGCCCUAAGAAGAAUGAGACCGUGUACAUACCAAAGAAUGAGAGCAGCAGUGAGCUCCCUCAAAGAGCACGCACCAGGCUAGAUGAGAUUCUGGGGCGUGGGACUUCCCCUCGCCUUCUGGAGCGCCCUCCAACAGGGGAGAGGAAGGACCCUCCGCAGCAGCAGGAAAAGCAGAAGCAUCAUCAGGAGACCCCCACUACUAAAGACCCCUUCCUAGAAGAAGACCUGACGUUUGGUUCCUAUCAACCUACACUGGUCACUACACCGGAGGGACGCCACUCACGCAGACAGUCGGUCAGAUUCUCCACUGAGGACAACAGUGCCUUUUCUCCUGAGAAGAAACCAAUACCCACCACGCUCACCCCUACCUUUCCCCGACCUGCUGCAGACUGGCUGGGGCUCUCGCAGGAUGAUGAGGAAGAGCCCCCGCCUGUACCAGAACCCUUGAAGACCCCCUCCUCUUCGUCAGUGGGAAGCAAACCCUCCUCUUCUGGCAACCACAUUCCACAGCCAUCGACAGAGACUCCAAACACCUCCUUCAAAUACUCCAAACCAGUAGGACCCAGUGUAGAGGUCUCUGCAAGCCAAAAGCAUGAAGAUGAUUGGCUAUCAGGGGCAUUGAGCAGGAAGAAGACUCAAUCAUCCACACGGUCAGAGGAAAAGAGGACAACCCAGGAAGACUUUCUGGGGUUUGGAGACGAGGUGGAUCUGGAGUCGUUUCUCAGCAAACAUGGUUCUUCACCAGCUUCCAGGAGGAAAGAUGCAUCCACCCCCAACAAGGAACCAGGAGAUUCUCCUCUGCCCAGGGAGCCCUCCCACAGACAGCCCAGCCCUACUGCUCAUUCUACCCCAGUGAGUGAGGACCAGUUCAGGCCUGUGCCACAGCAAAGCCAGAUGCAGAACACUGCACCUGUUGUCCAACCACAGGUGUCUCUUUCAGCCAACAGUUUGCAACAACUCUUGCUACAACAGCAGUUGGAGUCCCAGCUGCUGGGGUUAGGGGGAGCUGUGGAUGUAGCUGGGCUGCAGAGACAGAAGAGAGACACUGAGAAGCAGAAUGGACAUCUAGCUUUACAGGCCCGCAUCAUCAAACUGGAGGGACAGGUGAGAUCUCUACAGCAGGAGCUAGACCAGAACCAGAUCUUGCUGGAGAGUGUUCAGCAGAGACACAAGCAGGACACUGAGCUCAUGGAGAACACACAUAGGGCUCGUGUGAAGCUGCUUGACGAUUCCGCGGCACAGCGAGAAGCACGGGCACGACAGGAAUGCGAGGACCUAGCAGAGCGCUUAGCCACCAUCACACGUAUAGCUGAACAGGAGCGUAUGGAGCUGCAGGAAAAGCACCAGCGCAGACUGGCCCAAACCCAGCAGGACAGAGACCGAGAGGUGGAGCGACUCAGAGACCUACAGAGGAAGUCUAUUUUGGAGAUGAAGAAAGACCACGAGGAUCAGGUCCAGAGACUGAAGAGAUUGAAGGAUGAGGAGAUUGAUGCAGUGACCAGUGCCACAUCACAAACCAGGUCCCUGACAGUGGUGAUUGAGCAGAUGGAGAAUUUCUCCCACAGGCUGGGGGACCUUUCAUCUCGGGUGGAGAGCACCCAUGAGAACACAGCCCAGGGGCUGGAGCAGGGGGCACGGCAGAGAGACGAACAGCUCCGAGUGAUGCAGGACCGUCUGGGCCAGCAGCAGAGGGCCAUGGCAGAGGAGAGAACAAGGCUCAAAGAAGUCAUCGCCAAGAUGGACACCCAGCUGGCUGAGCAGCAGAGGCAACUAGAGAAGGAGCGCUGGAGAGUGAAUGCAGAGCAGGCUAAGGCCGACUCAUCUCAGAGAGGCCUGGACGAGGAGAGACGCUCUCUAACUCAGCACAUCAGCAUGGAGAGAGAGGAGCUGGAGAGGGCAAAAAGUGCCCUGUUGGAGGAGCAGCAGCAGGUAAUGCAGCGCUGUGCAGAGGAGAGAAGGAAGCUGGCGGCUGAGUGGACCCAGUUCCACACCCAGGAGAAGCAGAGGCAGGACCGAGCAGAGCGGGAGGCCAGCCGGGCGCUGGAGAGGGAUGCUCACAGAGAGGGCUCCAUCAUCAGCAUGGCGCAGGAACAGGUGGACCUGAAGCUGCGUGCUGGGGAGCUAAAGCAGCAUGAGGCAGCUGUAGCACGGGAGAGGGAGGCUCUGGAGAGACAGAGGGAGGAACUGGACAGGGAAAAGGAGAGGCUGAGUGGUACAGGCCUGCAGCUGAAGACACGUGCCCAGGAGGUAGAGGCCUUCAGCAAGCUGGCAUCAGAAAAAUAUAAUGAGGGGGAGAUGGCCCUACAGGAGUCGAGACAGGUGGAGACUGAGCACCAGACCAGGCUGAGGAACAUCCACUCCCAGAUGGAGAGACUGAGACAGCAGGAACAGCAUCUCCAUCAGGAGAGAAUGAAUAUGACUGAGCAGCGUAGGGAAAUGGAGGCACUCAAGCACAGCCUUCCAAUCACUCCUUUCCCUCAAUCUAUGGCCCCUAUAUUCACAGACUUCAGACCAGUGUUGGCAGUACCUCAGAUGGCCUCCACCAAGGCUGUUCGCCAGCCCCCACCCCUGGUCUCUAAUCCGGAUUCAACAGAGCUCCAGGCCAGAUUGGCCCUGCUCAGGCACACAGCAGAGAAGGAUCGUGACUUUCUGCAGGACGAGCAGUUCUUCCUGGACACACUCAAGAAAGCACCUUACAAUUCAGCCUUUCACACUGAUUAACUGUGGGGCUUAAAGCCCUGUGACUUUCUGGUAUUAAGUACACCAUUAAAACUUGACAUUCUCUAA